GGUUGAUCCAACCCGGCUUCAGCAUCAAAACUCGGUUUCAAACCGGCCGACAUCCUUCGCCUCCUGACGCUCCUUGUUGUCCGUGUGCACCGGCCGGCUUCCAUCUCCGACAAAUUCCUUUUCCUCCCGAAGGGUUUACUUUUGAACGUAUGAGCGAGAUAUUGCUUCCAAAUGUUGAUAUGUUGGUUCAUGUUAGCUGGAUUAGAAUAAAUGCAGAAGGGUUUGCUUGCCACCUAUAAGAGUUCCUUUCCUUACUGAUGACAAUGUAACUGAAGAGACCUUCGAAACAAAGAAAAAGAGAAGCAGCAGCUUUAAGUGGUGAUGAGUGCAAGUCUAGUACCUCGUGGUGUUGAGCUUCCUUCUGGCUGUAAGGUCGAAUCUGCAGAGCAUUCUUCGGAAGAGAGGGCACAAAAAGCCCUAGAUUGCCCAUGUGUUGCUGACUUACGAAAUGGCCCUUGUGGGACCCAAUUUUCAGAGGCAUUUAUUUGUUUUCUGAAGAGCACUGCAGAAGAAAAGGGAUCCGAUUGCGUACAACCAUUUUUAAGCUUUCAGAACUGCAUUAAAGAAAAUCCAAAUGCAUUUGGUGAGAUUUUUUUGGAAGAAGAUGGACACAGAGAGGAUUCUGAGACGACACACAGAAGGAAAAGUGUUGACUGAAGGGUACAAAGACAACGUGACGUGGUAACAACGGGAGCUUAGACAGGGCCACUUGCUUGAACAUGAUCUUCAGUUUCUCGUUCUACAGUUCAUGUAAGGGAUGACUGGCAGCUUAAGUAAAGAUCGGUUAUCCUGCCUCUACAUCAUCUGUCUAAAAUUCUAAAUUCCUCUCUUGCUGCAAGUGGGACUCCUGCACACAUGAAGGUGGGAAAAUUCGAUUGGCACAAGAAUGGUAUUCAUAUGGAGGACAAUAAUGUAUCGGCUGUUGGGAAAUUUGAUAUUUUAGAAAAAAAAACUCAGAAAAAAAAUUUGUUGAUCAGAAAUUGCAUAUUUAGAUGCGACAUCGGCGAUCUGCAAUAAAGCCACUCAGACUGCAUUCUACACUU